AAGCCGAGAGAGACCCCAAGACCCCAAUUAUCAAUUACUACUACACUACACUACACUACUACUGCUUCUUGCUCAGCUCUUUUGCAAUCAUUGUCCUUCUUUUAACCCCUUUGCUCUCUUCUCAUCAUGCCCACCUUUUCCUUCUCCUCGCCGGCAAAUCCAUCGGAAUCUCGCCGGACGUAGUGCUUUUCUUUUCAUUAUGCCGUCUACGUAAAUUCCCGCCCACCUGCAAAAGAUCUAUCUAGCUCUUUGUCUUUGGAGCAUCAAAACCAAGAUAGCUUGCUACCUAACUUCAGUUUCAAAGUUUUGGAGUUGAAUGUCCAAUUUAAUGGGAAUUUCAGGAGAGAAUUGAAGUUGUAAAAUCUUGUGGUGGGGCUAGUUUCCAUGGAGAUGAGAAACCAUGGGCCUGAAUUUCAUGUGGUGCAGCAAAGCAGGCGUGAUAAGCUGAGAAACCAAAACACCUCAACACCAUCACAGCACAUGGGGGAUUAUCGUGCCAAUUUGGAGCACCUGUCUUUGCACCAGGGCCUAAAUAUGGAUCUUGUUCAGCUUCCUGGCUGGAGAUAUGGAAACAUUUCCUGCGAUUCUUCUUCCUCAGUGUUAUCCUCAGACAUGCUUAAUUUUGCCUCAAACCCACAUUCUCUAGUGUUGAACAAAGAUAACAAUGGUGACCCACAAAACUGUGGCACUUGGAAAAGCGUUGAUCUUUCCCACAAAAUUGGCUCUGUUUGGAGUGGUGUUGCUAAUUAUUCAAGUGGAUCAGCUGGCAUUGAUGGUGGAAACCUUAGUCCAAUGUUUGUUGGGGAAAAUUUGUCUGGAUCUUUGAGGCUAAACAAUGAUGUUCCUGUUUCUGGGAUUGAUGUGAAGACUAGUUACUUUGGAUAUCAAGAACUGCAGCCUUCUUUGGCUAAUAAUCCAUCUAGUGACACUUCUGGUCAGUAUAAGGAUAUCCAGACUCUUCAAGAAGUUGUCACUUCUGCUGCUGUUGGAACCCGAGAGCUCGAGAUGCUGCAGAACGUGAGGGAAACAGAACGCAGCAGCUCGUGGUUGCCUGCAGGUGAAGAAGAUGAAACGCGUCUUCUCCCCGCUUAUGUGGAUCAGUCUAGCCAGUUGUUUGUUAAUACUAAUGCUGCUAGCUUGGUAAAUAGUGCAGUUCAGUGGAACGGGGAGCUCGAGAGAGAUAAUAGAGCGAUUGAAAACGAGGCUUCGAAUACACAGGCCUUGUCUUUGUCCCUUUCAUCAGUUGGGGAGAGGAUCAGUAGUGGCAUGCCUGAUUUGAAGCCCUUGAAAUCUGACCACUUGUGUUCGUACCCGAAACAAGGCAGUAAAGCGUUGGGGAACGCUGCUCGUCAAGACAUGGUUGGGAAUUUAACUUUUACUCAUCGAGAUUUGGUGCCUCUUGGCCCUUUCACGGGCUAUGCAACCAUUCUUAAAAGUUCGAGAUUUCUAAGGCCAGCACAACAGCUGCUCUAUGAAUUCUGCAACUUCACCGGUGACAAAGCCCUUAACUUGUCUGAGGUCUCUGGGAAUAAUGUUAUGGAUGAAGUUGGGAUUUCUAGUGAGGCUGUCAAUGCAACCCCACGCAGUGGCGGUGGAUCUCUGGCUGUUGAUUCCGGUGUCUCAUCUUCCACGUUUUAUAGCUCAAACGAGAAGAGCAGCCACGAGUUUAGAGGCAUGAGCAGCUCGAAUGAAUCCUACCCUCGGCCUGAAUAUCUGCAAAACAAAGUCAAGCUGUUAUACAUGCAGGACGAGGUUUGCAGAAGGUACAGGCAGUACCAUCAGCAGAUGCAGAUGGUGGUAUCGUCCUUCGAGUCAGUGGCUGGUCUUAGCGCAGCCACCCCUUACAUCUCGGUGGCGUUGAAGGCAGUCUCGCGCCAGUUUCGUUGUUUCAAGAGCACGAUAUCAGACCAGCUCAGGAGCAUAAGGAAGGCGUUGGGAGAAGACGUGCUGUCCCCCACGGGGGCGAGCAGCAGCAAGAGGGACGCAGGAGGAACCUCGGGCAUGAAGUUCAUCGACCAGACCUUGCAAAACCAGAAUGGCAGCGGGGAAAGGCUGCACUAUUUGGAGCCUCAAACGCACGUUUGGAGGCCACAACGAGGCCUGCCUGAGCGGGCUGUGGCUAUUCUUAGAGCUUGGCUUUUCGACCAUUUCCUGCACCCGUACCCAACAGACACAGACAAGCAUAUGUUGGCCUCCCAAACUGGCUUGACUAGGAACCAGGUUUCAAACUGGUUCAUCAAUGCUCGAGUGAGAGUUUGGAAGCCGAUGGUAGAAGAAAUCCACAUGCUCGAGACGAAAGCAAUGGUAGAAAAGGGCUCAAACGUGGGAAAAGCAGAUGGGGAGAUGGGAACACAAGGCAGGCAGCUCGGCCUCCCUAACGAAAGCCAGUUCUUGAACGCGAGAGCAAUACCAGACGAAUGCCCCCCCGGGAUCAGCCCAUCCAUCAUCAGGGAAAAAUCGUACCAGGACAUGUGGAACCAGGACAAGCGGUCCAGGAUCGACUGUGGGCAGCUUCCUGUUGGUAUGGGUUUCAUGCCUUACCAGCGAAACAGCCUUGAAAUCGGGGGGCUUGGAGCCGUGUCAUUGACGCUGGGGCUCAGACAAAGCAUCGAGGGCGCCCAACAGCAACAGCAACAGCAAAUGCAGCAGCAUGAAAGUCAGCUCAGGCAGCAGUUUGGAGGUCAGAUAAUUCGCGACUUUGCAGGCUAAAAUGUUAGAGAUCGAGCUGGAAUGGCCAUCAAAACAAGAAAGAUUGAUGAUGAAGUUAAUAAGAAAGAGUACAGGUUAAGGGCCUGUGAUAUGAAGGAUUCAUGUAAUGCAUAAGAAGAAAUGUUAAUUAAACUCAGGCAUUCAGCCCAUUUUCAUCUUUGAAGUGUAUGAUAAAUGACAGGAAACAUCAAAUGGUAAUUACAGAAAAUAUUGAUACGUUAUAAACUUGGAA